GCGGGACUCUCUCUCUCCGUACGCGGCUCAGAGCGCACGGAAGGCGGCUGGAGGUCGGGGGAAGGGUCGGUGUGGAUCCUGGAUGUAUUGAUUGGAUGGACGCAGGUCUCGUGUCUCACCUUGGGAGGAGAGCUCAGCCUGCAAUGACCUCUGACCUCUGACCCCUCUGAGAGACACCUCUGAGGAAGGAUGGAGGGAGGAGAGGAGGCUGAAACCUCCUCGAAACUGGACAUAGCGUCACAGAGAGGAGCAGGAGGAGCUGGAGCAGGAGGAGCAGGAGGAGGAGGAGGAGGAGCUGGAGGAGGAGGAGGAGCUGGAGCAGGAGGAGCAGGAGGAGGAGGAGGAGGAGCUGGAGGAGGAGGAGGAGGAGCUGGAGCAGGAGGAGCUGGAGCAGGAGGAGCAGGAGGAGGAGACUCCUGCAGACAUAAUGGCCUGAUCAACACUCAGUGGUUGGGGGCGGAGCCUCGGGAGGCGCUGCUGUUGCUGUACUCUGCUCCUCACUAUCAGGGUCAUGUGCAGGAGAGGAGCAGCGGAGGAACUCCUCCUCCUCAGCUCCUCGACCCAAGCGCUCUCCUCCCUCACCAGGCGGUGCUGGAGCCGCGCCUCAGGCCCCCCCCCGGCCUCUUCCUGUGCCCAGAGAGCGUCCUGCGGGCGUGGGGGGAGGCCGGGGGAGGCGACUGCUGCGAGACCACCUUCAUCGAGGGGCUCGACACCUCCUCCUCCUCCUCGGGGAAGUUUGUGGACUUUGGUGACGAGGAGGCGAAGAUUCACACGCUGUCCUACGACAUCGAGGACGAAGACGAGUUCCAGGAGCUCGAGAGUGAUUACUCCAGUGAAUCAGAGAGUGAGGAUACCUUCCUGUUGAUGCCUCCCAGAGAUCACCUGGGCCUCAGUGUCUUCUCUAUGCUCUGCUGCUUCUGGCCGCUCGGCAUCGCUGCCUUCUACCUGUCACAUGAGACCAAUAAGGCGGUGUCUAAAGGAGACUUCCACGUGGCGAGCUCCAGUUCGAGGCGGGCUCUCUUCCUGGCCGUGCUGUCAAUCACCAUUGGGACAGGUAUCUAUGUGGGCGUGGCUGUGGCGCUCAUCGCCUACCUGUCCAAGAACCACCACUGGUAGCCCCGUCGCCGGGGAGUGAAAUUACCCAUCAGACACUGGGAAUGUGUCUGGGAUGUUGGAGGCCGGCUCUCAGGUGAGGUCGGCCCCGUGGCGAUGAGCUGGAGGACGACUUCCUGUUUGCAGACGCCUUAACGUCGCUGGUCUGGAUGGACAGGUGGACUGUGUGUCAGGUGGUUCUGGACUGAAACCACAUUAUUAUUAUUAUUAUUAUUAUUAUUAUUAUUAUUAUAAUAAUAAUAAUUUCAGAGACAGAUGAUUGAAUUGUUUCUUCAGAAUUUGGAACAAAAACUCAUUUUGGGAAUAAAGACGUUUUGAGAUGGCUCAUAAAGGGCGAUUGGGUCACGUGACCAAAGCUGGAAAAUCAUCUGCAGUGACUGAAAAACAGAAAUGUACGGAGGCCCUGAGGGGCCACUGCUGAUCCAUUAUCUAAGAGUGAUCUCAAUCUCCAGUGUUUGCUUCCUCACAUUGUAGGGAUACAGCAGCCAAUAGCAGCUAGCGCUAUGAGCUAGCAUCAGUGUCUACCCAGCGUCUGUGUUCGAUCCCGGUCCGGCUGCUGAGCCCGGUUCUGUGGCCCGCUAACGGCAGAUACAGUUAACAGCAGUUAAUAAGCAGUUAGCUACUUUAGCUGAAGCUAUCUGUCCAUCAGGAAACUGUUAAUCUCAGAGAGUGAGUUUAGCACUAUGCUAACAAAAACCUUUAGAAGUGUCUCGGAGCUGCUUGAGAUAAAGAAACUGCUCUCAGUACCAAUACUUGUGUCCGCACCGCGCACGCCGCGGCGCACCGCGCACGCCGCGGCGCACCGCGCACACUGUGCACUGAUACUGAUGGGCUAGCUAGUAGAGGUUAGCUUGAGAGUGAAAUGCUAGCUAAGAUAAGAUGUUCCUUUAUUGAUCCCUCGUAGUUGAAAUUCAAAGUUCAUCGCUGACUCAUUAGCUAAUUUAGAUCAAUCAUUAGUUAGCCAGCGUUUCGCUAACAGAUGCAACUUUUUAGCUAAUGAUUAGCUAGCUAGUUACUUAGUAAGCUAACUUGCUACAGAGCAGAAUGCUAACUAGCUAACUAGCUAAUGUAGCUCUGCAGUAGGUGUUUGUACUCAGUGAGGUCAUAGGUUGUCUGUAACGACCCUCACAAACACUCCGGCGGCGUCCGAAGAGAGACAGCGUUUGAUUGGACGCAGCAUUAGUAAACGCCCCCGAGUGCAGGAUGAGUCAUCAAUUACUUUUAUUGAUUAUCAGGAAACUCUAAAAUACCUUUAAGAACACCUGAAGACACCUGAACCAGGACUUCCUGUCCCUGUUGGACAGACACUGGAGGAGACGGACAGAGACAGGAGAUAAUAAUAUCACAUGUCAGCCUCUUGUGGACAGAAUGAGAAUUACAACAACAAACACUCAUUUGCCUCUCAGGGCUUCCGUAGAGAGGCAGAAAAAAAUAAAAAUAAAAUGACACUGGAAGUAGAAGAGACCAGUGUGCUCAGAUGUUCUGGAUCAUGGAUUCUGGAUCAGUGCUGGACUGCCUGGUCCCUGUUUGUGUACAUCAACAAACAAACAAACAAACUGUUGUUUCUUUUCCUCUGUGGAUUCAUUUGUUUCUGUGCAGAUGUUUAUGGUGAAGAUCUAAUAAUGUGCGACCCGUCAGACCGGCCUCAGAAAAGACCUGCAGACCUUACUGAGAGCUCCAGGUCUGACCACAAUCACCGCCAGACCCGGGUCCAGAACCCCCUACUGGGCUGGGCUUAAUGUUUACAGGGCGGAGCUCUGACAGGAAGCUGGUUUACGCUGCUGUCUCUCGUUUGCUGGGUCACGUUUCCCAAAAACCAGCCUGAUGCUAAGCUAACGGACACUAAGCUAAUGGACAGUAGACGGUGCAAGCUUCCUGUCCGUCUGAGCGGCCAAUCAGGUCCUCUCUCUGCAUCCAGACCGACCAAUAGCAGCUGUCUCCAGAGUACGUUCACAUCCAACGUACACGUUGUUUACUCAAGUAGAAGUACAAAUACUCCAAAAUAUAAAGUAAAAGUACGUAGUUAGAUAUUUCUACUGACUGUUUAUAGUGGAUGAAGGUGCGGACAGAUUCAGAGACUGGUGAAGUUAAGUUGGUUUAAUUCCAAAAAGGGUGGCAAUGGCGAUGAUGAUAAGAUAGCUGGUUGGUUGGUUGGUUUACUGGUUGGUUGGCUGGCUGGUUGGUUGGCUGGUUGGCUGGUUGGUUGGUUGGUUGGUUGGUUGGCUGGUUGGUUGGCUGGUUGUUGGCUGGUUGGUUGGUUGGCUGGUUGGCUGGUUGGUUGGUUGGUUGGUUGGUUGGCUGGUUGUUGGCUGGUUGUUGGCUGGUUGGUUGGCUGGCUGGUUGGUU